AUUUUUCUUCAAAGCGCGCUGCGCUGCCGCUGCUGUGUGUGUUGUAAGCUGCGGUGGAAAGCAAAAUGGCUGAUACGGCAGUGCAUUAUAGGGUGGUUAUGCGCAAGCGCCUGGCAGUGGCAUGACAUCAAAACAUGCCAAAGCAGAAAUGCACUCAUCACGAGGAAGUGCGCAUAAGCUCAGACUGGGGCCUCCAAAUAACACACACACACAGACACACGUUACAGCAUUCAAUGGCCUUUCCAGAUAGUCGCCAUGUUUUACCGUGAUGACGAUAAUUCUUCCCAUUAUUUCCACAAAUUCUGGAUGAAAUAAAUCAUAAAAACAUAGUGAAAAUAUUCAUUGAUAAGAAUAUCGUGUUUCUAUGCGGAAACAUAGCGGAAUCUGUUGGUAAUUGAUGGUAUCCAGCGCCGACUUGGGAUCUUCCAUAAAAUCGGGAUGUUGUCCUCCGUGUUUGCCUUAAUCUGAUCAUACGUAAGGAUUUUCGCGCUUUUUUGGUAGACUACGAGAUCUCCGCUGUAGAAUGACGUCCUGGCUAUGAUUGUAGCCCUGUGUUAUCCGUGUUUGAUCCGUUAUUGUGAGGAAACCCGGAAGACGUAGUGAAUCUGGCAGUACCGUAAGCGGUCCCUGCUUCACGAUGAACGGCCGCAGCACCAGCGCGUCGUCCUCCAGUACUCCAGGGAAUCCUCACGGGUUGGCGGUGACGACCACGGCGCUGCCGCAUAACGCACUGCGUACCAUGACUCCGGGUGCGGCGAUUAAUCAUCUGCUGAGCAGCCGCAAUCGGCCUCUGCAGGGCAGUGCGGGCCCCCAUCUGCAGGGGCUCGCCCCUUCCACUCCCAACGGACCAGGGAUGCUGAUGGUGAACGGCGGGAUCACCGACGGCAUGGAUGGCUUUCACGCCAACGGUCCAGGAAUAAACGGCUCGGCAGGUUCGAUAUCCUCCGAGGACAGUUCGACCAGCAGUGCAUUAGUCGCUGGCCCAUCCGGUCUUUCCAACGGCAAAGGCGCCCGUAAUGAGAAUCUCGACGGCAGUUACCGCCGCGGCGGUAUCGUCCAGCCCCCCUACCGACCCCCGCCGGGCACCCCUCUCAAGAACUCCAACCAGUUGCAGUAUCUGAAGAACGUCAUGAUGAAAGCCCUGACCAAGCACAACAUGGCCUGGCCCUUCGCCUCGCCGGUGGAUGCCAUCGCGCUGUGCAUCCCCGACUAUCAUGACAUCAUCACGCAGCCCAUGGACCUGGGCACCAUCCAGAAGCGGCUGGAUAACUAUUGGUACCGCGAUGCACAGGAGUGCAUCGCCGAUUUCAAGGUGAUGUUCACGAACUGUUAUACGUACAACCAGUCCGGUGAGGAUGUGGUGAAGAUGGCCAACGAGCUGGAGAAGACGUUCCUGACCAAGUUAGCCCUCAUGCCCGCUGAGAUGGUCGAGCUUCCCGUCAAACCGACGAAACCUGCCAAAGGCAAACGCGGUCCCGGUCGCCCGGUGGGCAGUGGACGGAAAGCAGCGGCUGUCCCGGCCGUCGGUGGUCCACCCACUCCCGUGGUGCCGCGAGCGACCCCCGCGCCGCCGCGUCCUCCUCAAGCCCACGCCGCGGCCGCUCCUGCAAUAAUGCCAAAUAAUAAUAUGAUCCCCGUGAUGCCGGUGUCUGUAGCCGGAGCCAAUAGCGUCUUUGCGCUCAGCAAUCAGGGCCCCUUCACCUUCCCAACCGUACCACUUCCGCAGCGUGCCACGACGGCACCCCCGCCGCCUCGGGGCCCCACUCCCCGCCCCAACCAAUCUCAGCGCAUGCCCACCCCGCGGGCCACCCCACCGGUACCGGUGUAUACGGCGCCGGCCGCCGCACCACCACCGCCCUCGGGCCCCGGCCGGAAAAAGUCUACCACGUCGGUUGUUCCGAGAAAUCCGGCGCCGGCACAGAUGCGCGGCCCUCCCAUGGCCAUCCCGCAGGCGCCGCCGCCGGCGCACAAUGUGAAAGUUACUUCCAAUGCGCGCCAUAACGCACCCCCGCAACCGCGGCAGUCUGCCCCGCCGCCGACUCCGACGGUGCAGAAGAAUCAGCAGCAGAUCGCUGUUAAGAAGAUGAACCGGCAGUCGGAUGCGGAGAGGAAGGAAGAAAAAAUUUUUUCGAUCCGUGAACAAAUGGAUAUUUGUUACGGGAUACUGGAUGAAUUAAACCACGAUCGCCAUAAGAAAUAUGCUUGGCCAUUUGCUGUUCCGGUGGAUGUGAAGGCGUUGAAACUGGAUGAUUAUUUCAAGGUUAUCAAACGACCCAUGGAUUUGCAGACGGUGAAGGAGAAGUUUCUUAGAGGAGCAUAUAAAGCACCCGCGGAUUUUUGCGACGACAUUCGGCUGAUAUUUUUCAAUUGUUACCGCUAUAAUCCGGAGGGACACGAGGUGGUGAACAUGGCAUGGCAGUUACAGGAAGUAUUUGAGCUGAAAUGGGGAAAAGUCCCCUUUCCUCUUCCACCGACACCGAGUAUAUUACGCGAACAGCAGGGCUGUUUGCUGUGGCCGCUGCAUGACGCCCCUGACUCACCUAAAGCGCCCGCUUCCAAGAGUCCCACUGUCGCUGGCGGAGAGAAAAAGAAGAAAUCACAACCCAAAGAGAAAGCCACAAAAAUUUUGAUCUCCAGUUUGUCGCAGCAACUGCUCAGUCUACAGGAUACAGUCAAUAAAAUGCAGCCUAAUACUGUUCCCCAGCCGGCACCUCCGCCGGAAUCGCCACCCAAGCCAGCUUCCAAGGGCCGAAAAAGGAAAUCGGAUGAACCGGAAAAGCCAGCCAAGAUCCCGCAUAUCGAGGAAAAGAAACCGGCUACACCAGUGUCAGCGUCAUCCAAGAAAAAGUCUCCGAAACGUGGCGCAGUCGAGAUGGAACCGGAAGUCGUAGCGCCACCAGCUAAAAAGCCACGCAAGCCUCGUACACCGAAGCAUACCAUCGAGAAAAUGCCUGAAGUGGCGCCGGUUGUGCCAGCUCCGGUUAUCAAUCCGCCAGCAGCCAAGGCUGCGAAGACGACUACAUCGCCGGUUGUUUCGCCACAACGCAAGACGCCACCACAAGCACCAGCUGCCGUUCCCGCAUCUCCCAAGAAAACUGGCCACCCAUUGCCGAAAGUGACCAAUGCCCGGGAAAUGACGUUUGAUGAGAAGCAGCAGUUGAGUGUGCGGAUCAAUUCUCUCCAGGGUGAAAAAUUGGAGCGCGUCGUGCAGAUCAUCCAGAGUCUGGAACCCCAGUACGCUGACGCUCCGGAGGAGAUCGAGAUUGACUUUGAGACACUGAAUCCGACGACUUUAUGCACGCUGGAAAUGUUCGUCAAUGAAGCACUGGGUCUGCCGGGACCGGCGCCGGUGGAGUUGCGCGCACAGGAGCCGCCGGUGGUGCCCGGUGCGGUCGUUCCUCAGCCGGAGCCCCCCAAACCCGAAAGUACGCGAGCCAAGAAAGCCAAAUCCAACAAGUACAAGCACGACUCAUCAGACAGCUCGUCCAGCGAUAGCUCCACGGACUCUGAAUCGGAAGGGGAGCAGACGCGAAAGCGCAGCGGCGGCGCUAAGCCACUAUCGGCGACGCCGACGGUGUUGGAUCAGCCAGUAUUUGGAGGAGCGCCUAAGAUGCCGCCAGUCUUCCCGUUGACGGGCGGAUUGGGCGGCGCGGCGGAGAAGACGUUCGGGAAUCUGGGGAAGAAUAAUUUGAAGGAGGACAGCGGGAAGAUGCAGCAGCCGACGGCGGCUGCCGUGGCGGCAGUGCCGCAGCUGAAGAACGCCGAGUCGUGGUCGUCCUUUGCCAAGAAUGCGCCGCAGCAGACGAACAGUACGUCAGUCUUUCAGGAUAGUUUUGAGCAGUUUCGCAAGCAGGCCAAAGAGAAGGAGGAUAAGCAGAAGAUGCUGAAGAAUCAGGAGAUGGCGAAAAAGCAGCAGCGCGAGGCGGAGCAUGCCAAACGGGAACGGGAGCGAGCGGGACGUGAAAUGGACAUGGAGAAGAUGCACCACGGUCAUCACGGCUACCAGCCCGCCAUCCAACCACACCAUCAGCACCACCACCAUCAUCAUCCCGCCCAACAACCGGCGCACCAUCACCACCGCGGAUCCUUCGAGGGGAACAUGUUCAUGAACAACCCCUCGCCGUCGGGUUUCGUGCUGUCGCAGCCGUCCCCGUCGAACAGUAUGUCGCCCAGUUCGCUGAGUAUGUCACCGGGCAGUGCGGCCUCCCCGCCGGAGCCCGUGGCGGAUAAUGCCGGCGGCGGCGCGACGAUGAGUCAGCGGGAGCGCGAUCGGAUGCGGGAGGCGGAGCGACGGCGUCGACAGGCCAUGGCCGGCCGGAUUGAUCUGAAUCAUCAACAUGACAUUAUUGCCAGUUUCGAAUCGCAGAUGCAGUACUGAGCAGGCGAGUGAGCGGCGCGGAUGUGAAAAUGGAAGGUGUACGUCUAGUGUGUUGCGCGUUUCGUAACGUUGUAUAUAGUCGUCGGAUUUUUUUUCUUGAUUUUUUUGGAGAAAUAAGUCUCGGUUUAUCUCGAAGAAAAUUUACCAAACAGAGAGAGGUUGGUGUGCCCGUUGGCGCGGUUGAAGCGGGGGAGGGGAAGGGGGGAUUUCGUGAAAAUUUUAGGGACGAGAAUUUGUCUUCUGUUAUUAUGUGAGAAUUUGCUUGGGGAAAGCGGCGCGGCGCGGUAGAAUGUAAUUUGUUUUUUUGGUGUCAUGUUUCUGUAAUUUGUCGUGAUGGACGAGUUUUUGUUUCAUUUUUUCCAAUUUGUGUACUGCGAAAACGCUGCGCUGGGUAUGAUGCGAUUGUGUCAGAGAAAGUUUUUUUCCUUGUCUGAAAAUUAAAAGACGUUGAUUA